AUGGAAAAGUUACUAAAGGUUUUACAACGUCUAAGGCCCUCAAAUGUAACAAAUGGCCAAAUUGGUUCCAUAGACCUCAACAUUUGGUUAGGACAACUGGCCGGCCUGCCUCUAAUAGGCGUCAAUCAGGAAGCCAAAUGCCAAAGAAUAGGCCAACAAAUUCUAGGAUUUCUAAUGCUAAUCGCUCUCUUUUGCUAUGUCUCGCUGGAGAUAUACGAUCUCAAACGUAGUUGGACAAAUUUGGAUAUGAUGACACAGAAUUUGGUGAUGACACUAACACAUUUGGGUUAUUGGUUUAAGGUGAUUAAUACAUAUUUCAAUUAUGAGAGUAUUAAGCAAAUCAUUAACAAAUUGCGGCGCCUUACCAGAGACUGUGUGGUUUCAGUCAAUCAACAGCGAACCUUUUACGAGACCGAAGCCAAGAGCAAGUUAGUUAUGAUAAUGUAUUGUCAUUUGAUCACAGUGCCUCCAAUUAUGGCCUUGUUCAUGAUAAUGUUCGCACCUGAAGGUUUUGCUGGUGAACGUUUUCCAUUUCGUUUAAAAACUCCUGAAUUUCUUCCUCCAUUCUUGCAACAUUUGUAUAUGGGUCUAUGUUUGGUAUAUAUCUCAGCUGGUCUAUCAGUUUUGGAUAUUUUACAUGUGCUGUUCAUGAAUCAAAUUUGUUUGCACUUGAAAAUUUUAAACUUGGCUUUUGAAGAGUUCACAUCUAUUCAAAGUAAAGGCCAUAUUCUAAAGAGAAGCAACAGUCAAAUGAUGUCUAUAGUGAAAUAUCAUUGUAAAUUAAUUGUUCUGCGACAAGAAAUGGAAAAAGUCUAUCGAUUGCCUGUGAUGUUUCAAUUCAUAUCCUCACUGAUUAUUGUUGCCAUGACCGCUUUUCAGGCAAUUGUCGGAGAUGUUAGCCAGAGUACAUUCCUGAUGGACUUUCUAUUGACUUGUGUGAUAGUUCAACUAUUUAUCUAUUGCUGGUAUGGCAACGAGGUGUUCGAACAGAGCAAGACAUUAAGUACAUCGGGUUUUGGUUGUGAUUGGCACAAAUUUGAUUCGAAAUUCAAGAGACUUUUGCUCAUAUUCAUGAUCAAUGCAGAGCGUCCUUUUUUAUUCACAGCUGGAGGUUUUAUGGGCUUAACCCUGGCCAGUUUCACCAAUAUAAUGGGAAAAUCGUAUUCUAUUGUUGCUGUCCUUAGGCAAGUUUAUAGUCGUAGUCAAUAA